CUAUGUUAGAUUGUUGUGACUACCACUACACCAGUUUCCAAAGGUCAAACAGUUUACCCCUUUUCUGGAACGAUUUUGCCUUUAUCUCCAGUCAUUUCUGGUGGAAAAUUCGCGAUAGAAAGAAUAGAAGAAUCGUGGAAGGUGUCUAAGGCAUCCAGACUUUGUAUCUCACCUCUGUUACCUACUACAAUACGGUGAUUGGAGGUGUAGUAGGUAGCUAGCCUAGUACCUAGCUAGGUAGUAGGAGUGAUUGGUCGAAUUUACAGCCCAGGGAUAAUUAUCAUAGUGGUGACGAAAGUUAUUCGUGGAGAUGAAGAAAAUAAAACUGGAAGCAGUUGCAUUAUAAAUACAGGUUAUGGCAAACAGUUUUAAUAUAAACUAAAGAUAAAUUCAAAUCAUGCCUAAAACACAAGCCUCAGGAUCAGGCAAAAGGCCUGCACAGGAUGAAGAAAGUAGACUGCAUCCUAGAUCGCAGUAUACUGAUGAGGAUAUCACAUCGGAUAUGGAAGACAUUAGCACGAAUUCAAGAGUAAAGGAGGAGAUUGAUGAUGUCAAUGAUGUUGACUUUGGCAUGGCUUCAAAAAUCAUCAUUGAAGUAGUGGACCCACUUGCAAAUCCUGUUAUUCCCAUGAACUUAGUUGUGCGUAAUGCUGAAAUACCAGAUCCUCCCUGGGUGAAAUUCUUCCUCAUCAAAUUUGAUAAUUACAAUGGAAUUGUUGAAAGUUUGAGUGAUGUACAAGAAGUGGUGAGCUGCCUUGAAGAGACAACUAGGACUCGUUUUUCUGUCAUAAAGACAAGGAGAAAAAGUUUUGGAUGUACAGAGUUCAAUCCAUAUGGAAUUAAAGUGUAUUGGGGUGAAGAUGGCAUCCCUUACACUAUUCUCAACAAAAAGCUGAUGGACUGUCAACAUGGUAAAUACCGCCGUCCCCUUCCCAAAGGUGAAAAGAAAGUCGGCAGACCGACAAUCAUGCCUGAUGGUGUCUUAAAAUAUAAAGGGACCAAAAAGUUAAAUUGUCCUGCACAGAUAAGAUUACGUGAGAUACUUCGAUUUCCAGAUUUCAAGGUUUGUGAAAAUACUCCAUGGCGACAUAAAGUACAGUCAAAAGUUUUGAAGAAAGCAUUCCAGUCAAGAGAUGUGAUAACUUCUCAUCGUUGUUUUGUAGUGAGUCUACCGAAGAUAGAACAGCAUGAAAACCACUUCAUUGAGCCAGCAGACAAGCCAUUCACUCCAGGAAUCAAGAGGAAGAGAACAGGACGUGCACAUGAACCGGUCCAUCCAAAAAUUAUUCAGAAGAUUCGGGAUUUGACAAUUGAUGGCGUAUUUGGUACCAAGAACAUAAAAGAGCAGAUAAUGGAAUAUGCUGUAGACGAGUUAUCACAGGAGGAAGGAUUUUCCUUAGAAAGUCGCAGGUUUAAUCCUCGGGAUCAGGAUAUAAGAAAUGUUGUCAGAAAGGUCCAGACUGACUUACGUAAAGCUGGUAGUAGUUUAGCCGAAGUUCAAUGUACUUCAAUACUCAAAGACUUGGGGGGUAUUGUGACAGCUACCAGUGAUGAAAGAUAUUUGGAACAGCUGAAAACUCAUCUUGAAUAUCUACGUUCAGCUGUAAAAUUGAAGGUGUCUCUAGAACCACUAAAUGCAUGCUAUCUUAAAUUAUCUGAAACUGAAGGCAGUCCAGUUCUGAAGAAAGAAAAAACCACUGGUACAGAAGAAGAGGAAGUCAUCAGUUAUACUGCAUAUGCCAUAUCAGAUGCUGAUAAUGAUAAUCAGAUACUUUAUGAAGAAGAUUUUCCAGUUAAAGGGGAGUCUGCACAUACUGUAUAUUAUUAUGAGUGAUGUGUACAAACUUCCCUGGAUGCAGUGGCGUUCGCAGAGUGAUGUGACAUAACAAGGGGUUUAGAAAGUGGUAUCAGAGUUUAAAAACGUAGCUGUUUUGUAUUGACUAUUCCAUUUUAUGUACAACUUUGACAUAUUGAACUGACAUCAGUUUUCAUUCAUAUAUAUAUAGUUUUCCAGGUAAUGUAACAAAUAUAUUUUAAGAUGUUGAAUUGUGACAUGUGAAUAGAGGAGAGGAUAAUAUUUCUGCUAAUACUUUUCUAUUUUCUGAAUUUCAUCACUAUUAUUCCAAGGGUGUGUGAUGUAGGUACAAUGCAUUGCUGCAGCAUUCUCACUUCAGUUGUUUUUGAAAGACAAGCCAGUGGUUGGAUUAUUGUGUUCUAAAGUACUUUUUCCUUUGGUAGGAUUGGGAUUAUGUGUGUUGCUCUUUUGCAGUCGUAUGUUUCUAGAUUUCAAAAGUCCAUUGAAGCAAUAGCUGUAGGUUUUUUCAAAGCCUGUGGAUCCCAGACUGAUAACUGAAAAUCCCUGGAAUACAAAGUUCUUCCUGCUUUUGUAAGGUUCUUGUGGCCCAUAUUGUUUUCCAGUAUAAUUAAAAACAGACAUUAUGGGAACAUUCUUGAUCUGACUCAUCAUUUCAGCAAAUUGAUUACAUCAGAUUUCAUAAUGCUGGAAUUUUAACCCCCUACAGAGGUAGUAUCCCAAUGGUAUGCAUUCCAUAACAUAUUAUAGACGGUGCUAAAGGAUCUUUGCUUCAGUUUUCCAUCCCCCUCGUUUAGGUGUAAAGCAUUUAUGCAGACUGAAGUAGAGUUUAGAAAGGGAUGAGUGGUUUUACUUCUAAUGGAGUUGCACUGUGUAGCAUUGUAUUGUUGCAUUUAGUUAUGGAAAAGUAUGUCAACUGUACUUGAUAUUUUCUUUAUAAAGAAAUUUGAAGGCUCAGUUGUGCAUGCUUUUUGAAAAUGAGCUAAUAGUAAAUGAUAAUAGCAUUUUAUUUUGAAUUCACAUAAGAUAUCCUUUUAAAACAAUUAACAUGGAUUGGGAAAAGUAUACAGUUGACCCCCGCCAAUUUGCAAUUUUGGAUUCAUGGCAUCUCCUCUUCACGGAUUUUUCUGUGGAAUGUACGUCCACGUUAUUUGUGGAAAAUUGGCCUUUUCGCAGAAUUGUUCAUAGAGGAAUAUUAGCUAAUUAUACUGUAUUUUCACAUUUUUGUGACUAAAUGCCUUUUUUAUCAUAAAUCUAGUAAAAGAGGCAAGUAAGCAUUUUUAGAGGGGUUUUUAGAAGGUUGAACUAUCAAAAUUGGCAGUUAUAAGUAUUUUUAGAGGAGUUUCAAGUAUUUGCGGAUUUUAGCUAUUUGGGGGGGUGUGUGGUCCCUGUCCCCUGUGAAUCCUAGGGGUCGACUGUAUUAAGCUGCCUAUCUGAGUGGUAGGAAGAGGAAUAUUACUGACAGAAUUAAGGACACAGCAUAUCUGUAUGAAAAAGAAUGUAAUUAUUGUACUAAAAGUAUGUCAAAAUUGGCUUCCUCUAAAAUGCCAGAUAUUGCAGGUGUGUUUGUUGUCUUGUUGAACAGACCUAUGCCUUGCUGACUAAAGUUAAAGAAAUAUCCAGGUAGCAAGCAUAUAGUAAUUCAGAAACUUCUAUAUGAAUAAAAGUGAUGAUAAAAUUAAUACUAUGUAGUAACACAAGCUUUCUUAUUUAGGCACAGGUACCAGUUUAUUAGGGACACCAAGUUAUGUUCAUUUGAAAGAGGAUACAUGUAGUAGGGAAGAUAGAUUACAGCAAGGAAAGAAGAAAGAAGAAGAGUAUAUUUAUUGUAAAAACUAAAUUACAUAAGAAAAGAUAAUUGACAAAUGAAAUACAAAGUAAGCAAACCUCUUUUUUAAAAAAUCAUGAAUGCAUGUAAGUCUGUACUUAGGAGGACUGUGAUAUGGUUUCAGGCCUUAUGAAUUCUCAUAAGGUGCAUGGUUAACAUCUAGAAGUUACUCCUCCAGCAUAAAAUAGCCAUUUGAUAUCUAAAAGGAGGACAGGAGGAAUAUGUAAAUAUAAAAUUUAAAUACCAUUUCACUUCUGUUUGGAAAAAUAUUGCUUAACUGUAUAAAUACCAUGUUUUUUAAAAAGUUUUUGUACAAAACCAAUAUAGUCAUAGCACUAUAUUCAUGGAACAUUUGGGACAUGAAUAUAGCAUAAAUGAGAUUAAUGAGGCAAUGAUGAAGCAAAAUAGAUAAUUGCAAGUUAUGCAAUAUUAAUUUUAAGUAGCUAAAUAUAUUAAUUUAAUAGAAAGUAUAUAUGUAUAUACUGUACAGCAAUUUAGCAAGCUCAAUAUGUUUCAGCUUCUGGGUAUGCUAUGACUAAACUUUAGUUGGAUACAUAUGUAAUACAAUAUAAACUUUACCAUUAUGUAAGACCAAUAAAAUGAUUCAAAUGUCAACAGAACUGAAGUUCCUUAUCAAAGUUCAAGGUUAAGCACAAUGCACACAGGAUACUUAUUCUUCAAUAUGUAUUAUGAAUCUGGAAUAUAUAGUACUGUGUGUUCAAACAUAUUAUACUAGUUUGCUUUUGUAUGAGUUUUUCCAUGUACAAGUAAUUGUUUGUCAUCUCUUAAAUUCCUACUCUUACUGUGUGUAACCAUGAUAUCAGAACAUGAAAGUAAGUGAAUAAACAAAGCAAGUUAUUACUUAUGAUAAACAAGACCUAAGUUCAUCUAAUGAUAUUUUGAGAACUGAUUCUGAAACUAUUUCUCACUUCUUGCAAAUGUAAGGUUUCAAAGACCAGGUUAUCAUAUUUCUAAUACAAUUCUCAGUUAUAUACAUAGAUUACAUUUUUGUGUUCACAAGCCCUAUACUGGACAGUAAACCUUAUUUGCAAUUAAAAGCUGUUGAUUUUAAACUUCAAUAUAGGAUGUUUUGUUAACAUAUUUUUCAUCUGUUUUGUCAAUAUAUUCUUGAACUUCUUGAGAGAAAGAAUUUUGACCCCCUCUCUCUCUCUCUCUGUUUGUCUGUCUGUUUAGGUCAAAACUUUCUACUGAUUUUUUUUCACCCACCUCUACCAAACCAAUUUUUCCCGGAUUUGGUGUAUGUACAUGUUCAAAGUUGGUGACAACGCAGUAUUAAAAAAAAUACUACUGCAAUUGCAUUGUUGUGUCGCAUGUAAAAACACAGCCAAGGGAUGACUGUGGACCCCCAUUAUCCGGGCUCCACUUUAUGUAGGAUUUAUGUGGAUCAUAUCUUUCACUUUUUCGUGGGAACUUUCACCAAUUUGCAAAAUUUUCUGUGGCCCAUUGCUAAAAUUACUAAUUCGUUUUUUUCAUAUUAGAGCAGGCAGCUAUAAGCAUUUUAGUUUAAGGGGUAUUUGGCAGUUAGAGGGGAUUUUGCAUUUUUGUGGAUUUUACAUAUUCGCAAUGGGUUCUGGAACCUAUCCCUGCAAAAAAGUGUGGGAACAGUUUUCAUUGGUGCCAGGACCGUAGAUUCAUACACUAAUAACAACCAUGCAAAGUAAAGAGGAUGGGGCUCUGCAAUCUGUUCAGUCACUUGGUCAUGCAAGCAGUACUUAUUCAACCGUCAAACACUAAGAAAUCCCAAAUAAAAGUAAUUAAAAAAAAAUUUCACUACCACACUUUUAUUUCAAAAUGCACUAGAAAGUAUGAAAUAAAACUUUCCAUGAUCCAUGUUAAUGGUUACUUGUGCUUAAACAUGAAAGCAGGGGCUGCUUAUUUGCUUAAUCCUGCAUUCUUUUCCUUAGUUUCCUCAUAAAACUCUGGUGUGCAAGACGUUUGUGCUUACUUAUACCUAAGCAUCAAAUCGUGAGCUGCUUACCCUGACUUGCAUACAGUCCUCUGCAUACAGACGUAUUUUACUGUACUAUUGUAUUGAAAAUGCAUUUUAUUGAUGCAGCAUGUAUAUAUAUAUAGACAUAGGUAAUGAAAGAGGUCUGUGGAUGCAGAAUUUCAUGUCAAUAAUGCAAAUUGUCAAGCAAUUUCUAACAAUGAUGUAUAUAGCCUACUUAGUGGUUCUUGAGGAAGCUUACCAGGUAUGGAACCAAAUUACUUGCAAGUCGUUGAUAACAAUUACUUUACCAUAUUCAUUGUUUUCACAUACCUCUUCAGGCCUUAACCAACUUGCAUCAUCAAGGCACAAAGUGAGAUUUAAUCCCAUAUAUCUGUGCUGUGAAAUCAUGAUUUUGGAAACUUUUCAUUUUAAAUACGAGUAUGUUUGUACGUAUAGAAUUGUAUGGAAGUUAGGUUAGUAGGUGCCCGAUGCUUUUAUAUUUAGUUUUAAGUAACCAUUAAUAUUGUGGAUCACAGAACAUUUUAUUUUCUUUAUACUUUUUGGUGCAUUUUGAAAUAAGAGUGGGUACAAUUCUUUUUUAUUAGUUUUACUCUUGUUUUGUUAUAGUAGUAAGUAAUGGGAGAGGCUGUGGAAACAUUUUAAAUAAUAUUGUUUAAAACAUUUGUAAAGAAUGCAGACAUGUUUACACAUGUCAAUUCAUCAUUACUUCAUGUUCCAACAUCAUCAGACCCCAUGAGUAUCACAGCAAUUAUUUUUAGUGGAUGUUCCCCUUGGAUCCAUUACUUUGUUGUUUAGUGCAAUUUAAGCUUUUAAGGUUGAUUCAAAUAAAAGAUUAUCCAUUUCCCAUGUUCAGAUUUAUAUAGAAAAUUUUUCAGUAACCAAGUUUAAAGACCAUUAAGAAGGAAAAAGGUGGAAGGCCUGGAAUGUCAGAAGCAAAAUUUCUUAUUUUAUAUAUUUUAGUUAAAAUGAUUUUAUUAUUAGUGUCUAGAAAGGAUACUACUUUGUCUAUUAUUAUUGCUGUAUAGAAUUGAAAGCUUUACUUUUUCCCUUGAUAGUCAGUUAUGUAUUAUGGUGGCAUCGUAUAAUUUCUAUAAUAAAUUGAAUAUUAUUU